AUGCUUUCCAUAUCACUGCUGCAUAUUCAACAUUUAUACAUUAUGAUAUAUUUAUUAUUUAUUAUACCAUUACUAUUUAUUACAAUAUUAAUACCUGUUGGAAUUGUGGGACAAAAUUUGGAGAAAUCAAGAUCAGUCUGGGUUGAACAAGGUUUAUUACUUGGUAAAAUUUAUAAAUUAGCCGAUAAUUAUAUUCAAAUAUUUCGUGGCAUACCGUAUGCUGAAGCACCUAUUGGUCCAUUACGAUUUAAGCGUCCAGUAAAACGAGCACGAUGGCAUCAGGAACAUGCGGCACUCGAUUACGGUGCACCGUGUUUACAAUUUAUGGAAUUUCAUAAGCACGAUAAAUUUGCCGGUUCAAAUAUGCAGAAUGAAAGUGAAGACUGCUUAUUUCUUAAUGUUUUCACACCAUUUGAUCCAGAAGAAGAAUCGAAAUUACAUCCGAUUAUUGUAUGGAUUCAUGGUGGAUCAUUUUUAGCUGGUUCAGGUGACACUGGUAUCGAUAUGGAAAUAAUCACGAAACAUUUCACAUCGAAUGGUGUUGCAUUAAUAACAGUUAAUUAUCGGCUUGGACUUUUAGGAUUUUUGAAUUAUAAGAACAACGAACACGUGGAAGGUAAUUUUGGCAUUUGGGAUUUGGUAAUGGCAUUGGAAUGGAUUCAAACAAAUGUUAAACAGCUAAAUGGUGAUCCAUCAAAGGUUACAAUUAUGGGUGAAAGUGCUGGCGCAGCUGCUGUUUCCGUUCUUGCAGUAUCACCCAGAACAAAAAAUUUAUUGCAUCGAGCUAUCAUGUUGUCCGGUUCCUCAACAGCUGGUUGGGCUAUUCAUCGUUUUGGACAACCGGCAUGGAGUGUAAACAAUAUUGCGGCAUAUAUUGGAUGUGAGAAAGAACUGGAUAAACAAACAAUAGAACCAUUAUUAAAAGCUUCCGGAUUGCCAACUCUCAGUAAAGAAUGUAAUAUGCAAGAAAAAAUACCGGAAUGUUUAAUUGUAAGUUAA